AUGGUGAAGGAUACUGGAUAUUACGAUAUCUUGGGUAUCGAACCCGAAGCUACCCCUACUGAGAUUAAGAAGGCUUAUCGUAGAAAGGCUAUGCAGACACAUCCAGAUAAGCACCCAGAUGAUCCAGAUGCUCAACGUAAGUUUCAAGAAGUUGGUGAAGCGUACCAAGUGUUAAGUGAUGAUAAUCUAAGGAAACGUUAUGAUGAAUUCGGUAAAGACGAUGCUGUACCACAACAAGGUUUUGAAGAUGCUAGUGAAUAUUUCAGCGCAAUCUUUGGAGGGGAUGGAUUUAAGGAUUGGAUUGGUGAAUUUUCGUUAUUUAAGGAGUUAACUGAAGCAACUGAAAAGAUGAAUGAGGAAGAAGGUACAACAACUGAUGAAACUGGUAUGACAAAACAUGAUGGCGAAACAAAAAUAGAUUCUUCAUCGAAGAAAAUGACUAAAGAACAAAGGCAAAAACUUUUGGAGAUGGAACAAAAGAGAAGAGAAGAUAUGAUGAAACAAGUUGAUGAAUUAGCAGUAAAAUUAAAUGGAAAGAUAGAUCAAUAUAUCUUAGCAAGCAAUGGUAAUCAUUUAGAUGAUUUCACAAGAAAAUUAGAUCAAGAAAUUGAGGAUUUGAAAUUAGAAAGUUUUGGUCUAGAAUUAUUAUAUUUAAUUGCUAGAGUCUAUAAGACCAAAGCUAAUAACUUCAUUAUAUCAAAGAAAACUUUCGGAUUCUCUAAAGUGUUCACAGGUACUAGAGAUAAUGCUAGAACUGUGAAAUCUGCAUAUAACCUGCUGUCCACAGGGUUAGAAGCACAAAAAUCAAUGGAAGAAAUGAGUAAAGUAAAUCCAGAUGAAUUAGAUCAAUAUGAACGUGCGAAAUUUGAAUCCACAAUGGCAGGGAAAGCUCUUGGAGUAAUGUGGGCUAUGUCUAAAUUUGAAUUAGAGAGAAAAUUAAAAGAAGUUUGUAAUAAGAUCCUUACCGAUAAAUCUGCUUCAAAGAAAGAACGUCUGGCUAAAGCUAAAGCUAUGCUAUUCAUAGCAGAUAAGUUUUCAAAGGCUAGAAGGUCUCCAGAAGAAGCAGAAGAAGCUAGAGUGUUUGAAGAGUUGAUUCUAGGUGCACAAGAGAAACAAAAUAAAAAACAUAGAGUGUUAUAG